AUGGGUCAGAUUCGGGAGAAGCCAGAUUGGAUACGGAAGGUGACGGACGACGAAAUCGUCAAGAAAUGGAAGGCGGAGUUGACGGAGCCGGCAGCGGACGUCCAUCCUGACGGUUCCAUCGACGCCAGUAAGGAGUACUGGAGUGCGGAGGAAGCUUCCGCCGUGCUUUCGUUCCUGAGGGAGACCACAACGCGGCCCGUCAAGAUCGACCCUGCUCUCUUCACCUACGCCAUCGCCGAGCUCCGCUGGCUCGCCUCAUCCUUUUCCUCCCCUCCCUCCUCUUCUCCCUCCGCUCCUCCCUCCUCCAAUCUCUCCGCACCACUCUCCUCUCUCUCCCUCCACGGCAAUCCCAAGGUCCUCCCCUCCGCAGUAGAGGGCGUGUACAUCUCCCCAGACCCCCCACUCAAUCCCUCACUCAAACAACUCUUUCUAGACGGAAUUACCCGGCUAGAAUCAGUUCCUGAGGAUCAAAUCGACUACCACCCGGGAUCAAAUAACCAAGUAGUCGAUCUCAUUCACCCCAGCCUGCAUUGCCUGGUCUUUGGUCGCACUAGAGUUAUCCAGGAUCCGCCCAACGACCUUCAGAUUCUGCCCUGGGAUGAGCUGGUUAGCAGCUUAGGGGAAGUCGCUCGGCCUAUGCCGCCCGGCCAGCCGACCCGACCGGUGUUUUACCCAACCGGGAACCAUUCAUACAUUUCAGAAAAGUUUCAGUGGCUGCCCGCGGAGGUGGAUGUUGCUGCGGACGGGCAGAGUGCAAAGUUUCGGUCGUAUAUAAAUAACCUGCACCCGCAUGAGUUUGCGGAGAUGUAUCGGGGCUUGGAGCAUGUUUUCGCCACUGCAUUUGUGCCGUUGUUUAACAAAGUGCUGACGGAAGCGGUUCAGCAGCGACGAGAGCGAUUCGACUACGAUAUUUACGGGUGGUACGAUGAGUGGAAGGGUGAGAGAGAAUACGACAAGGACGACGACGACGACUACCACCAGUGGCUGGUGGACCGGCAGCCCAAGCAGCCAGACACCCCUGCAGAGUUCUCCCCCCCACAGCCUCCCUCCCCCGGGCACGUGGUGGAUCUGAAAGGGCGGCGACUGCAGGUGGUGGUGAAGGUGGCGAGCAUUCAGCUGACCCCUGACAGCCCGAAGUAUCCUGGGGGUACUUGGCAUGUGGAGGGCAUGAGGAACGAACACAUUGUGGCCACAGGCAUUUACUAUUUCGACUCUCACAACAUCACCGAGUCGCGCCUUCAAUUCAGGAUCACCGUUGCCGAACCAGACUAUGAUCAGAACGACAACAAAGGGGUGGCUCGGAUAUACGGCCUGGUGGACGACGGACCUCUCACUCAACCUCUAGGCUCGGUCCGGACUGACAUCCCGAACCUCUGCCUCGCCUUCCCGAACCACUUCCACCACCGGGUUGCGCCGUUCGAGCUACAGGACAAAACCCGUGCCGGCCACCGGAAGAUUCUUGUCUUUUUCCUGGUGGAUCCGCGGGUGGCAAUCGUAUCCACUGCACGCGUGCCACCUCAGCAGCUGAGCUGGCAGAGGAGGGAGCUGGAGAGAAAAGGCCACCCGUGCUCGGUCCUGCCUGGGUUAGCUCUAGAUUUGAUUGCAGAGGGAGUGAGUGGGGGAGAGGAUGGGGAAGAGGAUAAGGGAGAAAGUAGUGGUGUGGAGCGAGGUGGGGAGGAGGGUAGGGUUGAUGAGGGAGAGUAUGGAGGCGAGGGGCAGGGUGUGGGGAGAGAGAGCAGGGAUGGCAGGGGUGCAGCGAUGACGAUGGAAGAAGCAAAGAAGUACCGGGAGGCUCUGAUGGAAGAGAGAAAGGCGCUGGUUCAGCUGGCCAAUGAGGAGCUGUUUGAACGGCCCUUUUCGCUCUGCGAGCACUGA